AUUGGUGCAGCGGUGGAUGUCCAAUUUGAUGAGGGAUUGCCACCCAUCCUAAAUGCCCUGGAAGUGCAAGGCAGGGAGACCAGGCUGGUUUUGGAGGUGGCCCAGCAUUUGGGUGAGAGCACAGUAAGGACCAUUGCCAUGGGUGAUACAGAAGGCUUGGUUAGAGGCCAGAAAGUCCUGGAUUCUGGUGCACCAAUCAAAAUUCCUGUUGGCCCUGAGACCUUGGGCAGAAUCACGAAUGUCACUGGAGAAUAUAUUGAUGAGAGAGGUCCCAUCAAAACCAAACAAUUUGCCGCUCUUCGUGCUGAGGCUCCUGGAUUCAUGGAGAUGAGUGCUGAGCAGCAAAUUCUGGUUACUGGUAUCAAGGUUGUGGAUCUGCUGGUUUCCUAGGCCAAGGGUGGCAAAACUGGGCUCUUUGGUGGUGCUGGAGUUGGCAAGACAGUACUGAUCAUGGAGUUAAUCAACAAUGAUGCCAAAGCCCACGGUGGUUACUCUGUGUGUGCUGGUGUUGGUGAGAGGACCUGUGAGGGCAAUGACUUAUACCAUGAAAUGAUUGAGUCUGGUGUUAUCAGCUUGACAGAUGCUACCUCCAAGGUAGUGCUGGUGUACAGUCAAAUGAAUGAACUGCCUGGUGUUCAGUCCUGGGUAGCUCUGACUGGAUUAACUGUAGCUGAAUACUUCAGAGACCAAAAAGGUCAAGAUGCAUUGCUGUUGAUCAAUAACAUCUUUCACUUCACCCAGGCUGGCUCAGAAAUAAAUAAAAAAAAAAAAAAAGUGGCCGCUUUAUUGGGCAGAAUCCCUUCUGCUGUGGGUUAUCAGCCUACCCUGGCCACUGCCAUGGGUACCAUGCAGGAAAGAAUCACCACCACCAAAAAGGGAUCUACCAUAUCUGUGCAGACUAUCUACAUGCCUGCUGAUGACUUGACUGACCCUGCCCUUGCCACUACCUUUGCCCAUUUGGAUGCUACCACUGUGCUGUCCCGUGGUGUUGCUGAGCUGGGCAUCUAUCCAGCUGUGGAUCUGCUGGACUCCACCUCUCCCAUCAGGGAUCCCAACAUUGUUGGCAAUGAGCAUUAUGAUGUUGCCUGUGGGGUGCGAAAGAUCCUACAGGAAUACAAAUCCCUCCAGGACAUCGUUGCCAUCCUGGGUAUGGAUGAACUUUCUGAGGAAGACAAGUUAAUUGUGUUCUGUGCAUGGAAAAUACUGUUCUUAUCUCAGCUAUUCCAGGUGGCUCUCCUAGCCCAGCAAAAUGAAUGA